CAUGGUUCGCGUGAGUUUUCGUGUUACUUGUUACGAAUGUUACGAUUACGACAGCUCGACGGGUGAUACAAAAACACGUGUCUCUUGGGCGAAUUUUAAGCAUCGAGGUGGUCGAGCGUCGAUACUGUCGGUAGUUCCGAUUUUUAGUCGUCAAGUCACGUCAGGUUGAUCGCGAGCGCGGGCGCGCGCGCACGCCAGAGAGAGAGAGAGAGAGAGAGAGAGCAAGUUCGAUCUGCGCGGUUCCGUGCCGGCAGGAUUUGUCAGGAUUUGUGGAAAAGCGAGCGCGUUUUUCACGUUAACAAUUUGUUCCCAUUGCAUUCGCGGCUCGACGCGGCGCGGCGCGAGUCAAAGGGAAAGCGGGUUGCGAAGUGGCGCGGCGCGGUGAGGCGCGGGGCGGCCAUUUUAUGUAUUAGUAUGACGUAGAGGCUGGGUGUAGCUUAGCGUUCUUAUUGUCGGUUGUGCGCGAAGAAAAAACUAACAGGUCGGUGUCUGGUAAGUGCCCGAAUGUUUGAUGAUCGCGAACGCUCAUCCGCGAGUGACGUCAAGUUGCCACUGUCGCCGCAACGAUCGCUUUCCCGCGGAUAGUCGUGGCUCGUGCUCGUGCCGUUUAGCUGUGUGACGCGUGUAACGCAGUGUAACGCGUGGAGGCUGUGAAGGGCGAACAGCUUCGGCCGUCGGCGAGAGGGGAAAGUGUACGAACGGGCGAAACGAACGAACGAACGAACGAGAGAGCGAGCAAGCAAGCAAGCAAGCAAGCAAGCAAGCAAACGAUCGAACGACAAACAAACUGACGGACGGACGAGGACGAGCGAGCGAGCGAAAAGUGAAAGUGCGUUCGUCGCGGCGGUGCGUCCGUAGCAGCGCCAAGCAGCGCGUACGAACAUGAGCGAGGAAAGUAAUCCACGUACGCUGUACGUGGGCAACCUGGACACCUCGGUAUCCGAGGACCUUUUGUGUGCGCUCUUUUCGCAAAUCGGCGCCGUGAAGGGAUGCAAGAUCAUCCGGGAGCCCGGCAACGAUCCGUAUGCCUUCGUCGAGUUUACGAACCACCAGUGCGCGGCCACGGCGCUGGCCGCCAUGAACAAGCGCUCCUUCCUCGACAAGGAGAUGAAGGUUAACUGGGCGACCAGUCCAGGCAAUCAGCCGAAACUCGAUACCAGCAACCACCACCACAUAUUCGUCGGCGAUCUCUCGCCGGAGAUCGAGACGCAGACUCUCAAGGAGGCAUUCGCGCCCUUCGGCGAGAUCAGCAACUGCAGAAUCGUCCGCGACCCACAGACGCUCAAGAGCAAGGGCUACGCGUUCGUGUCAUUUGUCAAAAAAUCCGAGGCUGAAGCGGCGAUUAACGCGAUGAACGGCCAGUGGCUGGGUUCGCGCAGCAUUAGGACCAACUGGUCCACUAGGAAACCUCCGCCACCGAGGUCUGAAAGGCCGCGGCAUUCCAACAAUAGUAAACCAAACUACGAGGAAGUAUAUAACCAAAGUAGUCCGACCAAUUGUACCGUAUAUUGCGGAGGUUUUACGAACGGUAUCACGGAUGAGCUGAUAAAGAAAACCUUUUCACCUUUUGGUACCAUUCAAGACAUAAGAGUAUUCAAAGACAAGGGAUAUGCCUUUAUCAAGUUUACAACCAAGGAAGCUGCGACACAUGCCAUUGAAUCGACGCAUAAUACAGAAAUCAAUGGUAGCAUCGUUAAAUGUUUUUGGGGAAAAGAAAACGGUGAUCCAAACAGUGUGGGUCCUAAUGCAAAUCAUCAAGCUCAACAGGUGACAGCGGGAGCGGGACAAUACGCGUAUGGUUAUGGCCAGCAGAUGAGUUAUUGGUAUCCACAGGGCUAUCCGCAGAUGCAGGGACAGUUCUUGCAGCCUGCGCAAUACUAUGGUCAAUAUUAUGGGCAACAGGCUCAGUAUAUGAACAGCAUGAGGAUGCCCACUCCAGGCGCGGGAGCCUGGCAACCGACGCAAGCCACCGCGGCACCGCCGACAGCGAGUGCACCCUUGCCUCCGGGCCAACAGCCCACUAUGGUAACAUAUACCAUGCCACAUCAGUACCCUACGCAAUGAAACUCAUCAUUGACCGGCUAAUUGUUACGUACGAUAUAAUUGUCCCGGGGUUAUCGCGAAAAUCGUUCCGACAUAUACCUAUUUCAACAUUUACAUUCGAGUUUUCUAUGGUGUAACUAAUCGUUUCCACGAUUAAUGAGAUUUCAUUUAAAUCGAUUUUUUUAAAUAGAAAAA